ACCAUGAUGGCUGCCACCGCUACAGUCUGCGGUCUGACGGAGUGCUUUGAUGUGAUGCAAAGCGCGCCGACACGGCUGCCUCAGAAGGGUCUACAAGUGGGGCGUUUUUCGAUCACACUCUCUGCCGCUUGCCCCGUUUAA